AUGGCAAACAAGGAGGCGACCAUUUACAUAAUCGACGUCGGUCCAUCACUCAAGACAAAGCGCGAAGGCUCGGACGUGUCCCGCUUUGAAGAGACCAAGAAAGUUCUUCUUAAACUCUUGGCCAACAAGGUCCAUAUGAACAGAAAGACAGUCUAUGUCUCGGUCAUUCUGGUCGGCUCAGACGUUACAAAUAACGACCUGGCGACAAAGGACGACGAUGGCGAGGAGUAUCAGCACGUGGAUGUUCUGCAACCACUUGGUGUCGCGACCCUGGAUCUUAUGAAGGGCGUUCAAAAUGACGUUGAGCUCGGCGAGCAUGCCGGUGAUUGCAUGGAUGCACUGAUCGUUGCACUGGACAUGAUGACCAAGUUCUGCAAAAAGCUAAAGUACGAGAAGAAGAUUUAUAUCCUCACUGAUUCUUACUCAGAGAUGAACACCGAUGGCUCGGAGCAAAUCACGACCGCUCUCCAUGACGAUAACGUUCAACUGAAUGUCAUUGGAACCGAUUACGAUGUCGAGGAAGAAGAAAACAAGCCAAAAACCGCUGUGCAAGCCCAGAACGAGGCUUUUUUCAAGACGCUGUGCGAAGAAUCGGGCGGCGAUGUCUUUUCAUUGGACGAGGCGCAGGAUCUGACCUCACAGUUCUACUCCAAGAAAGUCAAGCCAGCAGCAGUCUACAGAGGAACACUCAAUCUAGGAGACAGCGAAAAGUUCCCAGAUGCUUCACUAGCGAUUCCUGUUCACAUGUACGGAAGGACCAUGCAGGCCAAGAUCCCAACGACCAAAAAAUUCUCUGUUUUGUCCGAGUCUGCAGCAGAGGAUAAUCUACCAGGCGGCCGUACAGGCAUGGUCAACGCUUCCAGGACAUACAAACUCAAGGUCGCGGGAGACAUGGCUGCCCAGGAAAUGGAAGAGGAUACCGAGGUUCCUGAGGAUGCACUGGAGAAGGCGUUUAUGUACGGAAAGACUAUUGUCCCUAUCCGUGCGGUCGAUCUGGAGGCGCUCAAGUUGUCGACAGUCAAGAGUCUUACUAUCCUGGGCUUUUUCGCCUCCUCUACAUUCCAGAGAGAGUGGCUCAUGUCGAAUGUCUACUCUGUAUUUGCGGCUCCAGGCAACCCUCGGGCCGAAGUGGAGAUGGCAGGGCUUGUCUUUGCGCUCUUUGAGAAGAACUCGUUCGCAUUGUGCCGCUAUGUUCGCAUUAACGAUUCAGAGCCAAAGUUGGGCGUUCUCUGGCCAGAGAUCUCGUCUGAGCACAAGUGUCUGUUCUUUGCAAGGACGGCAUUCAACGAGGAUAUUCGGCGGCAUGUGUUUUCGUCAUUGACAGACAUCGAGACAGUGACCGGCAAGAAGUUGGAGAAACACCGACUCUUGGCCACGAAGGAGAUGAUUGAUAACACUAAGGAGUUCAUCAAUGCACUGGACCUCAUGAACAUCAACGAUGGAGAGGAGUACCUUGCGCCAGAGACGACUUUCAAUCCUGCACUCCAAAGACAGAUGCAACUGGUUGAAUUCCGAGCGCUAAACCCGAAGAAGGCCCUGCCACCCAUUCCUAAUGCUCUGAUCAAACAACUGUUGCCACUACCUGAACUCGCAGCAGCAGCCCAACCUAUCGAGGAUACAUUGAUCCGCCUUUGGGAUAUCAAAAAGCUGGACAAGCCGUCGAGUGGCAAGCGUGGCUAUAAGGCGUCUCUUGACGACGAGCUUGGAAAGGACGGAGUCGCAGAGGACCACGAACAUGGAUCAGGCGAUCUCCUGUUUGAGGGACUUGCCAGCAACCCACAUGGCAACAAGCGACAAAAGUCAGAAUCAAUGUUUGGCACAGCUACCUCUGGAUCAGCGCCAGGAGAUCCAGGCGCUUCAGGAGUCGCAAAGGCGGGGUCAGUGUUUGGGGCUGGAUCGACGUUGAGCCGCGGCGGUGCUUUGGGAGAUGCUGCGGCGAGUGGUAUGAUCUCGUUCGAGAUGAGUGCGGUCCGCGAGAUUGGAACAUCAGAUCCAGUGAAGGACUUUGAGGCGAUGGUCAAGAUUGCUACGAUCCAACAGCAGCAGGGAGUCCGGCCUGCAGGAGCCGGAUUUGUGACGGUGACGAUGGCUGUAGAUCAGAUGAAGGCCAUGAUCCAUAAGGUGAUCACGACUUCGUUCGGUGACCAAUUCUAUGAGAAGGCGAUCGAGUGCCUAAAGAGCCUGCGCGGGUUCUUGUCGAGUGUGGAUAUGGCCAAGUAUGGGGCUGCUGCUGGUGUGGAAUCAGAGGCGGAGCAAAAGGAGGCUGCCAAAGGCCGCGUCGAGACGUGGAAUGCGUUUAUCAAGGAGGUUAAGCAGAUGUGUCUCAAUACGUCGAUCUCGCCUAUACGGACGGACUUCUGGGAGCUGGCAGUCAAAAAUAAGAAUGACCUCGGUCUGCUCACAAAACGCGAGGUGCCCGAAGGAGCGGGCGGUGUGUCAGCUGAGGAAGCUGAACAGUUCAUGACAGAGACGACAGAAGAUACUUCUGCACCUGCGGUGGAUGAGGAGGUGCCCGCUCCCGACGAGGACGACCUUUUGGCUCUCAUGGACUAG